AUGUCGACAACAGUAAAGGUCAUCUCGACCGACAUGCGGCAGGCCUCCAUCAAGGUCAGCCCUUCGACAUAUCUGGUUGAUGUCCUCGAGCAAGCCUGUGCCAAGUUCAACCUGCUCCCCGACAAGCACCUGCUCAAGCACAAGGAGAAGGAGCUUGACCUCUCCAACACCUUCCGCAACGCCGGGCUCAUCCCUGGUGCCAAACUCGAGCUUAUCACAAAGUCCAAGACCCCUGCCGUUCUCAACAUCGCCCUCCAACUCCCACAAGCUGAGGCCGCCGUGUUCGGCGCACCAAGAGCUACCGCAAAGCUGCCGAGCGACACGACAGUAUGGAAGGUUCUGAGACAUUUCGAGGAGGCCGUCUGCGGCCGCAAGAUCAACAUCACGGGCAGGGCCACGCUGCCCGUGGACGUUAGCAGCGGCAGCGGACAGCUCUACUACGAGACGCCAGCUUUGCAAAUGGAGACCCGGAGCCUGACCACUUUCCUCGAUUUUCAGAAAACCAUGAGCCAGCUGGGCUACAACAGAGGCAACGUCUUGGUCCGGCUGGCUUUCCAGAGGACAGACAAAACGCUCUCGGAUGCAAUGAAGGACAUCUCCGAGUACUUUGAAGAGGAGCAGAGUGUACAGAUCGAGCGAGAGGCCGCUCGCACCGAGGCCGCCAAGUUACAAGAUCAGCAUGCGCAGAGUGCUUCUGAUCUCAGGCAAGAAACCACCGCCACGGCACCUGAUACACAGGGCUCGUCAGAGCAGGCCGCUCCUCCACCCUACACUGAAACCAGCGCCGCAGACGCAAUGCAGAUUGACCCGACGCCGUCAAACCCCCUCGCUCCAACAUCCAUCUUCUCCGCCCCCAAGAAUGCUACUCCCGCCGCGGCGCAUACCGUGGACUCAGAUAACAUCUUCGCCCCAAGUGUUGCGCAUGCGCAGCUGCACCAACAACGCUUGAAACACGAGGCUAUGAACAAACGUCUUUUAUCAGACCGAGAGCUUGAGGAGAAGGCCGCUGCCGCAGCUGCCAAACUUGCCGCCGUCAAGUCGAUCGACGUGCGCGUGCGUUUCCCCGACCAGGACUUGGCGCAGUGGAAGAUCACACCAGACUGGACCGGCAACGUGCUCUAUUCCGCGGUGCGCAGCGUCAUGGCACACGAAGGCUUGGAAUUUCGUCUGGUACUACCUGGAUCACCUGUUGUCACGAUAGAGGACGACGACGGGGCUCCGCAUAAGCUAGUUAAGGGUUACGGCUUCCGGCACAACACGUUAGUAAAUCUUGUGUGGGCUGACUCGGUGCCGGACACCGUACGGAAACAGCCGUUUUUGAAGGAGCAGUUCAGGAGCAAGGCAGUCGAGGUCGUUAUUCCUGAGGUGCCCCAGGGUGAGGAAGAAGAUGAACCCGCAGGGCCGAACUCGGCAAAACCCGCGGCACCGAGAAAUGACGACGAUGGAGAUGGAAAGAGGAAGGGGGUGCCCAAGUGGUUGAAGUUGGGCAAGAAAUGA